GUUUCCGUUGGCCCAGCGCCAGGACGGACGAAGUCUCUCUCCCUCUCGUCGAUAAGAGCGUUCCGCUCCGCGCUUCAUUCUAUUCUGGUGGUUCGCUGUAGUCGGAAGGUUUCAAGGGCGCUCCGAGUAGCCGAGUCGAGUUUCGAUCGCUGUCGUGGAUUCCACCGAAUGAAACUUGAAUAAGUUAUAACGCAAAAUUGCAAGACCAUCCCCUCCGAAUAUAGGCAAAACUGGAAAUAAAAGAUGAUCCAGUGGGUGAUAAACGAAGUCACCGAAGUAUCGCCCUCUGACCUUGUGCUCGGUCUGUCGUACUGGGCCCUAAAGUGGAGCGCCUACUUAUGCGCAUUGUCCGUACUCCUGCUGGGAUGUUUCCUUGCGGUCGCCCGGUGCAUGCAGCGGAAGUCGUUAAAACAACUGGAGCACUUGCCUGGAAGCAGGGAGAUGCUGCCAUUCCUGAACGACUACAUAAUGUUCAAAGCAUGCUCCCAGCCGGAUAAUCCGGCGGGAUUUGGGGCUUUGGUUCUCAGCACAUUGUCUGGGUUACACGCUUGCUUCCAAAAGUAUGGCAUGCACCGAAAUUACUCUGGCCUCACACCAAUUGUUAUAAUUUACAGAGCUGAUUUCGUAGAGGAAUUACUCAGAAGUAACAAGGUCUUAACAAAAGGGGGCGAGUACAAUCUUCUCCAUAGUUGGCUCGGAACCGGUUUGCUAACAAGUACUGGCAACAAGUGGAGGUCGCGAAGGCGGCUUUUUACACCAGCGUUUCACUUCCGAAUCCUGGAAGAUUUUUCUUCCGCAAUCAACAGCCACUCUAUGGUUCUUGCUGACAUUUUAGGAAAAAAAUCGCUCGACCACAAUGGGGUUGACGUGGUUCCGAAGGUUACACUCUGCACCCUGGACAUAGUCUGUGAAACCAUCAUGGGAAAAGUGCUUAACGCCCAAAGCAAUGAGGAUUUGGCUUACGUGAAAGCUCUCCUUCGGUUGAGCGAGCUGUUCUUGGAAAGGACGAUGAAUCCCCUCGCAGCUUUCGAAAGUAUCUAUAGGCUGACAGCAAAAGGAAAAGAGUAUAAUCACUGCCUCGAUACAUUGCACGCGUUCACGAGACAGGUAAUUGCAGAAAGGAAGAAUGACAUGAAGGCAACCAUCGACAUCGGCUCCCUUCUCAGAACAGAAGAUGACAGUAGUUCUAACUUCACAAAGCAGAAGAGACCUUUCCUCGAUCUACUACUUCUUGAACACUUCAAGGACGGUAAAAACAUCACGGAGGAAGACAUACGCGAAGAGGUGGACACAUUUAUGUUUGAGGGUCACGACACAACCGCCGUCGGCAUAAGCUGGGCGUUAUUCCUGAUAGGCCUCAGUCCCGUGGAACAGCAAAAAAUACAUGACGAACUGGAUUUCAUCUUCGGGGACGACACAGAGCGGCACGUCACAAUUGAAGACAUGAAAGAGAUGCGCUAUCUGGAAUGCGUGAUAAAGGAAUCUCAACGACUUUAUCCUUCUGUGCCAUUCUACUCGAGACUUUGUGAGGAACCUUUCGAACUCGGUGGCACGAUGCUCCCUAAAGGGACAGUAGUUCAAGUGUCGAACUACUUUUUGCAUCGGGAUCCCAAAGUAUUCCCGAAGCCUGAAGAGUUUCGCCCAGACAGGUUUCUUCCCGAGAAUUCGAAGGGAAGGCAUCCUUUCGCCUACGUCCCUUUCUCGGCAGGUUCUCGAAACUGCAUCGGUCAGAAGUUUGCAAUGUCUGAAGAGAAAAUAGUCAUCGCCAAUAUCCUGCGGCGAUUCAAGCUCCAGUCUCUUGACCAGAGAGAUCAAGUCGGUUUAAUAGCCGACAUGGUUCUUAGGCCUAAAGGUGGCAUCCGAAUUAAGUUCAUCCCCAGGACGUCUUCGAAGGGUGCUUGAUUCAACGCCGCAAAUGGCAACAACAACCAAGUAUGACCGUGGUUGUGAGGCUCUUUAGCUGUAUCAUUUGUCGAUGCUACGUGAACUAUUUGGUAGAUUUUGCAAAUUUAUAGAAUUUGAAAGAAGUAGAUAUUUCAAACUGUUCUGACUUGUAGCUUGGCAAAACUUUCUAUGGGAGGUAGGUAAACUUCGCGCGACUAGCAGUAUUCUUAUGCAGUCACGAAGUAAAAUCCAAAUGAAGCCUGAUUUGAGAUUGAGAUAAGGAGUGUCAGCGUUGACUUCGGGCUGCAUUAAAGGAGGUGCGGAUUGAAAAUAUACAUUUGUUUUGUUUGAAUAUAGGUUUUAUUGUGUUUUGUUAGCUUUGAACUUGCGCCUUUUACGUAUAAAAUAUCAGGCCCUAAUAUAAUUGCGAAAUCACUCAAAUGCGCAUUCGAAAUGCGUGCGCCUCAUUGAGAAUGCUUCCUACGACUAGAGCACCCAGGGUUUGUUUAUAAAAUAUAAUAUACUUCCUGUUUGCAACAUGUACAAGCAUAGACUCGUGAUCAGUUUUAAGUUAGAAAAUAAAAGAAAAACGGGGAUAGCCCAGUAAACCCUGCGGAGCUAAAAGAACAUGUUACUUCCUACCUAACUCGUUCGGUGGAACAUUGGACUGUGCCACUGCCAUAAUUGUUCUAUGCGAUCACCCAAGUUCACAUCCUACUGUAUUCAACGCCUUGAUAAAAAGCAACAUUGAUAUAAUUUAUAUUUGAUUGCAGCGCUUACGAAAUAAACUAAAGUGGGA